AUGAGCUGGUCCACUUACGGAAUGUGGGUAUAUAGGGUGGAGCUUCCUCCCCGAGCUGAAACCUCUGUCAGAGCGGCUGUACCUCGAUUUCAGGACAUGUACUUCAGCUCGGCUUACAAGUUGUACAACACGCACUGCCAGCGCAUCAGUACGGAACCUAGAGUUCCGAUGUUCGAAGGGUUCACCAUGCCUACAUUAACGACAGACAGUGAACGGAACGCCGUGUACAAACAGCUUCACUGCCGGCCUUUCGCAGUUUCCGCGUGUCCCGUGCCUGGUACUUCGACGGAAGACCUGGUGAUCGAGGCCUUCACGAUGUUCUCUCAGCCUCGUGAGCCGGCAACGAAGAAUCGAUCACGGGCAGCUGCCACUGCCUUUACCGAGUCUUAUCUGGAAUGGUUCGCGGAGGCGCAGACGGCGGCAGACGAAGGGCGCCUGCGGUUUGCCGAGCGGCAGGAGUAUCCUUCUCUGUGGGAGACGGAGGAGUUGCAGGCUGCCAUGCAGGAAAAGUUGGAGCUUGCGCAGGCGGAAUUGGGCGAACAGGAGCCCGUGGUGUCUGCAGGCGCCGCUCAGCCGGGGCCGCGAGCCACGGUCGCCAUGUACUCAUCUAUGCAAGCUCUGGAGCGAGUGGUCAAUUUGGAAAGCCUGGCCCGAGCUCGGCAGGAAAAGCCCAAGAAGAGGCGAGACAUGGAUCAGUAUCUGCAGCAAGACUUUGUGAAGAUAACGAUCGCUGGCGAGGUCGAGGAUGUGGACGCGGACAACGAAGAGGAGGACGUGGAGGAGGGUCCGAAACGUCCAUCCGCGGUGUUUCUGGUUAUCACCUAUCGGCCAAAGGAGGCAGAACGGCGGCAGUUGCUCGAGCUAGGCUAUCAAGCCAGGAAAAAUCAGUACACGAAUGAGUUUUUGGAGGAGACCUGGCUCCAGCAGGAUGCUUUCGAGGAACUUCGCGCCAAUAUGUUGAAGUCGCUCCGAAAGAGAGAGUCAGAGAAAGAGCAGCUGGAGAGCGCGGACGACGAGCACCUGCGAGUGUUGCGAGCCUUGCUGCCGCGUCUGCCGCAAGACUGCGUGCGCUUCGCGGAGCAGACCGUGUACGAAAAGCCUUCCGAAUUUUUGGCGGACAUGAUGUUUGCUUUGCCGGCCAAGGAGAAGCUCAACGAAGAUCAGGAGUUGUUCAUGUUGCGGUUUGGCGACGUGCUGAACAAAGUCUAUGACGAGGAACAGCGAAAGAGGCCGGAGGAGCGUGGGGUGUAUCACGUGCUCCUGUUGGGCCAGGGUGGUUCCGGCAAAACGCACGUGGUGCAGAAUGUCAUCUUUCCUAUUGUUUUGUUUAUCUGGCCACCUGUCGAUGGCAGGGAGACUCUUCGAGUGGUGGCUGCUAAGAACUCACAAGCUAAAAACAUUUCGACAGCCUCUGUGCAAGCCACGACGGUGCAUGCCGCUGGAUGCAUGCGUGUGCAGAGGCUCUCGAACAGCGAGAUGGCGGCCGGCAACAAGGAGAAGCAGUUGGAGGCAAUGUGGCAGCGUGUGCGCGUGCUGAUCGUGGAAGAGAUCAGCAUGGUGGCUUCCUUGUUGUACAACAUGCUGGAUUAUCGCUCCAUGCUGGGUCGCCGGCUGAGUCACCUUGUGGACCCGCAGACGCACACCCGGAUUAUUCAUGCCUUUGGCCGUGUACCUAUAGUUCUGCAUCUGGGAGACUUCUUGCAGCUCCGUCCCAUUGCUCAGCUGUCGCUCUUGGAUGAUUUGGAGGCGCGAGACGUGCAUGGUUGCUUGCUGCAUUCGGAUGUCCCGCCCGAAGUCCAGCACGCGCAGCAAGUGUUUGCAAACAUUCAAGACGUGUUCGAGCUGCGAGGGACGAAGCGUUUCAAAGAUGGCGAUCCAUUGAUCGAGCUGCUGCAGUGCAUGCGCGCAGGCCGCCCGUUGUCCGAAGGACUCUGGUCGGCUUUUCAGCAGAGGUUCGUGAGGGACGAGGGUCCGGGUCGGCCAGAUGCCAGACUGAAGCAGGAAAACUUCCGCUCGGGCUAUUGCAUGUCCAUCUAUUGGGCCUCCCUAUCCCGCAUGCUUUUCCGCCGGGCCAUCCUGGAUGCUGUGCGAGGAAGCGUCCCGCUGGUGUUGCUGCAAUGUGCUGACGAGUGCUCCGAUCUGAACAGAGACGUUGCGUUCCGGCUACUCAAUCAGGCCAAUCCAAAUCGAACCGGUCACAUGCACGGCGUGCUGCCCUGUCAUGUAGGCAUGGAAAUUCGUCUGCUGGAGAAGAUGGAUGCGAAGAAGGGGAUGGUUCAGGAUACCCAGGCAACCAUCUUGGAUUUCGAGUUUCACGAGCAGGACCGCGCAGCAUACAACAAGACGCCAGGCGGUGACGUUUUCAGUCCACAGUUUUUGCCAUCGGGUCUCUGGGUAAGCGUGUGCAAGUACGCUGGCAACAAAGAUUGGAAAACUAUGGCGGGCCUUUGUCGUCCACGCGUAGCAGACAACGAUGCAGCGGAGGAACUGGCGCGCAGUCUGUGGUUUCUUCCUGCUACGGAAGUGAAGAUACACUUCUCCAGCGCGCGAAAGUAUGUGAUCAGACGCUGUUUGUGCCAAGUUCAUCACUAG